AGGACGCAGCAGAACCGAGCCGACACACAUACAAACACUCGAGUGAAGACGUUUUCUCCCCACCCGAAGAAACAUUUGCGCUGUCCUUUCCUGACCCCUGAGACGAUGGAAGGUUACGGGCUGUCAGAAGAGGACCUCUUCUCCUCUUCUCUUCACAACUUCACCUGGGAGAAUUCGUUUGAGCAGUGUGCUGCCUUGGUUGGGGAAGACCAGCCCCUUUGCCCUGACUUGCCCGAACUGGACCUCUCCGAACUGGACGUCAGCGACCUAGAUGCGGAUAGCUUUCUGGGUGGACUCAAGUGGUACAGCGACCAAUCAGAAAUAAUUUCCAGCCAGUAUGGCAAUGAGACGUCCAAUCUGUUCGAGAAGAUAGAUGAGGAAAAUGAGGCCAACUUGCUGGCAGUGCUCACAGAAACCCUGGACAGUAUCCCGGUGGACGAGGACGGAUUGCCUUCGUUCGAGGCCCUGGCAGAUGGGGACGUGACCAACGCCAGCGAUCAGAGCUGUCCCUCCACCCCUGAUGGCUCGCCACGCACCCCAGAGCCAGAGGAGCCCUCCCUGCUAAAGAAGCUCCUCCUGGCUCCCCCUAAUUCCCAACUCAGCUAUAAUCAAUACCCAGGUGGCAAGGCACAGAACCAUGCAGCCAGCAACCACAGGAUUAGACCAACACCUGCUGUUACCAAGACGGAAAACCCCUGGAACAGCAAACAAAGAGGGGUCUGUCCCCAGCCAAGCCGGCUGGUGAGACGCCCUUGCACGGAGCUGCUCAAGUACCUCACCGCCAGCGAUGAUGCCUUCCAGACAAGAGCCAGUGAAGCCAAGAGCACCUGGUCAGGCUGCGGCAAGGACAGGGGUGGGCCUGGUACCUCGUCCUGUUCAUCCUCUUCCUCUCCGUCCUCCUCGUCCACAUCCUCCUUCUCCUCCCUGUCCUCCUGCUCCUCCUCUACAGCCUCAAAGAAGAAGCCUCCUCUGCCUCCCUGUCAUCACAACAGCAGCAGCAGCAGCAGCAGCUGGCAGCGCAGGCCCAGAGAGGUGAGAGCCAGGGAGCUGGAGCGUGUAGUGUGGCUGGUGAGGGGGCAGGGCAUUGGCGGCGAUGUACACAUGGGGAGCAAUCCGCCCCUGUUGUGCCAUCCUGUGGAAGUGGCUGUGGCCACGCCUGCUCCAGUGAAGAGGGGAGGCCGCCGGGCCUGCAGCCGGGUGCAGACACAGGCAGCCUGGCCGCCGCCCGCUUCAUUAGCCAAACCAACCACCUUGCCACUUCCUUUGACCCCAGAGUCUCCAAAUGACCACAAAGGAUCUCCAUUUGAGAACAAGACCAUUGAACGCACAUUGAGUGUGGAGAUUUCUGGAACCCCAGGUCUGACACCACCUACCACACCUCCUCACAAAGCCAGUCAAGAGAACCCUUUCAAAGUAUCACUCAAAACCAAGCUGUCUUCAUGCUCUUCUUCAGCCCUGACGAGCAAGAGGGCCAAGCUGAGCAAUGGAGGCCCAUGCCCUCAGCCAUCCAGUGGCUCCAGCAGGAAGGGCCCAGAGCAGACUGAGCUUUAUGCCCAGCUGAGCAAGGCAUCCUCUGCCUUGCCUCUGGGAGGCUCAGAGGAGCGCCGGGGCAAGCGGCCCACGCCCCGUGUCUUUGGUGAUCAUGACUAUUGCCAGUCUGCCAGCACAAAACGAGAUGGCAGCGCCAUAGCUGCCUCACUAACUGGGCCGGUGGAGGGCCGGCAUGUAGAAUGUAAAGACUCAGCCAUGCCGUCCUCUUCUACUCCUACAUCUUUUUCGUCUUCCGUCUCCCCCUUGUCUUCCUCUCUGGCCAAGCAGCUGCAGGGCCUUCCCCCCACCGUUCAGGAGGCUUCUCCAGACAAGGAGGCUCAGGGGCAGGACCACAACCCCACUUUGGGUGCCAAAACUUCAGCAGAGAGCAACUCUGCUGUCAGAAAGCUGCUGCGAGACCAGGAGAUACGGGAUGAGCUCAAUAAGCACUUUGGUAACCCCCAGCAAGCUUUCUUCAAUGAGGCUGAGCAGAGAGGAUCCCAGCCACUAGAUGAAAGUGACUCCGGGGAUGAAAACUAUUACCCUUUUGGGAGCUACAUGCACACGGGUUUGCCUGACUUUGAGGAUCUGGAGGUGGGCCGCGAGCGUCUUCUCUGUUCGUGGGAAGGGACUCCACUGGAGCUCCUCUUUGAACGCUCACCCUCCUGCUCCCCAUCCAGUAGCUCGCCCUCCCGGAGCUCAGUCUCGCCACCCUCAACUCUGCUCUCUCCACGGCACUUCAGGUGGCCCCAGUCUGGGUCACACUCCAGGUCCCGCUCCAGGUCUUCCUCACACCACAGACGUAGAUCCCUCUCUAGGUCUCCUUACUCCUGUUCCCAGUCCCCAGACAGCCGCUCCCCCUCUUGGUCUCGUCACACUGUUGACAACAGCACUUUCAAAUCCAGGACUCGCAGAAGCCCUCAGUCCCAAUCUCAUUCUACUCUCGGUCGGAGACCUAGGUACAACAGCUAUGAAGAAUACCAGCAUGAGCAGCUGAAGAGGGAGGAGUAUCAGCGGGACUAUGAAAAACGGGAGGGUGAGAGGGCUGAACAGAGGGAGCGGCAACGACAAAAAGCAAUAGAGGAAAGGCGGGUGCUGUAUGUGGGACGUCUUCGCGCCGACAGCACACGCUCUGAGCUCAAGCGCCGCUUUGAAGUCUUCGGCGAGAUCGAGGAGUGUGCCAUCAACUUAAGACAUGACGGGGACAAUUUUGGCUUUAUCACCUACCGCUACACUUGUGAUGCCUUUGCUGCCCUUGAGAAUGGACACACCUUGCGCAGGUCAAACGAGCCUCAGUUUGAGCUGUGCUUCGGUGGACAAAAGCAGUUCUUCAAAUCGAAUUACACAGACUUGGACUCCCAUUCUGACGACUUUGAUCCGGCUUCCACUAAAAGCAAGUAUGACUCUAUGGAUUUCGACAGCUUGUUGCGUGAGGCCCAAUGCAGCCUGAGAAGGUAACGAGCUCCAACACACCUGCUGGCUACAAAGAGAGGGAUUUGUGAUACCUCACUUUUGUUUCAGUCCUCUGAAUUUGAGACUACUAUAAGUUUUACACUCAGUGUAAAGGGAAAGUCUAUAUAAAGAGGGAAAUAAAUAAAUAUAUGUGUAUAUGUAGAGAGAGAAUUAUAUAUAUGUAUG